CAUGUGACUGGGAAGAUGGCGGUCUUUCCUUGGCAUUCCAGGAAUAGGAACUACAAAGCUGAAUUUGCAUCAUGCCGAUUGGAGUCUGUGGCAUUGGAAUUUGGGGAUUAUCACCCACUGAAACCCAUAACUGUCACUGAAUCAAAGACAAAGAAAGUGAACCGCAAAGGAAGUACUUCUUCCACUUCCUCUUCCUCCUCCAGCUCUGUGGUGGACCCUUUGAGCAGCGUGCUGGAUGGCACUGAUCCCCUCUCGAUGUUCGCAGCCACUGCCGAUCCUGCAGCCACGGCAGCUGUUAUGGACAGCUCCAGAAAGAAACGGGAUAGAGAUGAUAACUCCGUGGUAGGGUUGGACUUUGAACCAUGGUCCAACAAACGGGGAGAGAUCCUUACCCGAUACACUACUACAGAAAAACUCUCUAUCAAUCUGUUUAUGGGAUCUGAAAAAGGCAAAGCCGUUACCACCACAUCCGCAAUGUCAGAGAAAGUCCGGACCAGGUUGGAGGAGCUGGAUGACUUUGAGGAGGGAUCCCAAAAGGAGCUGUUGAACUUGACUCAACAGGAUUAUGUCAAUCGCAUAGAAGAGCUCAACCAGUCGCUGAAGGACGCCUGGGCCUCGGACCAGAAAGUGAAAGCUCUAAAAAUAGUCAUCCAGUGUUCAAAGCUUCUUUCAGACACUAGCGUUAUUCAGUUCUACCCAAGCAAAUUUGUUCUUAUCACGGACAUACUUGAUACAUUUGGAAAAUUAGUGUACGAGCGCAUCUUUUCCAUGUGUGUGGAUAACCGCAGUGUCUUACCAGAGCACUUUUCUCCAGACAAUGUAAAUGACACGGCCAAAGAAACAUGCUUAAAUUGGUUUUUUAAGAUUGCUUCCAUCCGGGAACUCAUUCCGAGAUUUUAUGUGGAAGCAUCCAUCUUGAAGUGUAACAAGUUCCUCUCCAAAACAGGGAUUUCAGAAUGCCUGCCGCGACUGACAUUCAUGAUUCGAGGGAUCGGGGACCCGCUGGUGUCUGUGUACGCCAGAGCCUACCUGUGCCGGGUGGGAAUGGAAGUGGCUCCACAUCUCAAAGAAAGCCUAAAUAAGAACUUUUUUGACUUCCUCCUGACAUUUAAACAGAUCCACGGGGAUACGGUCCAGAACCAGCUGGUGCUCCAGGGAGUGGAGCUCCCAUGCUACCUGCCCUUGUACUCGCCGGCCAUGGACUGGAUCUUCCAGUGCGUCUCCUGCCACGCCCCGGAGGCUCUGCUAACCGAGAUGAUGGAGAGAUGUAAGAAACUAGGAAACAAUGCCUUGCUGUUGAAUUCCGUGAUGUCAGCAUUCCGGGCCGAGUUCAUUGCUACAAGGUCUAUGGAUUUUAUUGGCAUGAUUAAAGACUGCGAUGAGUCUGGCUUCCCCAAGCAUCUCCUUUUUCGCUCAUUGGGGUUAAACUUGGCCUUGGCUGACCCGCCUGAGAGUGAUCAACUUCAGAUUCUGAAUGAAGCUUGGAAAGUUAUCACUAAAUUGAAGAAUCCACAGGACUACAUCAAUGGUGCUGACGUGUGGGUAGAAUACACCUGCAAGCAUUUUACGAAACGAGAGGUGAAUACUGUUUUAGCUGAUGUCAUCAAGCACAUGACUCCAGAUCGUGCAUUUGAAGAUUCCUACCCACAGCUACAGUCAAUAAUUAAGAAAGUUAUUGCCCACUUCCAUGAUUUCUCAGUUCUUUUUUCAGUGGAAAAAUUUCUGCCAUUUCUAGACAUGUUCCAAAAGGAGAGCGUGCGGGUGGAAGUUUGCAAAUGCAUCAUGGAAGCCUUUAUCAAGCAUCAGCAGGAGCCCACCAAGGACCCCGUCAUUCUGAACGCCCUUUUGCACGUGUGUAAGACCAUGCAUGACUCUGUGAAUGCACUCACUCUUGAAGAUGAGAAAAGAAUGCUGGCAUAUUUGAUUAAUGGAUUUAUAAAAAUGGUCUCCUUCGGCCGUGAUUUUGAACAGCAGCUAAGCUUUUAUGUUGAGGCCAGGUCGAUGUUUUGUAAUCUGGAACCUGUUCUUGUGCAGUUGAUUCACAGUGUGAACCGGCUGGCAAUGGAAACAAGAAAAGUAAUGAAAGGAAAUCACUCCAGAAAGACAGCUGCAUUUGUUCGGGCCUGUGUUGCGUACUGCUUCAUUACCAUUCCCUCCCUGGUGGGAAUCUUCACCAGGCUCAAUCUCUAUCUGCAUUCUGGUCAGGUCGCCUUGGCCAACCAGUGCCUCUCCCAAGCUGAUGCUUUCUUCAAAGCCGCUAUAAGCCUCAUUCCUGAAGUUCCAAAGAUGAUUAAUGUCGACGGAAAGAUGCGCCCAUCAGAGUCAUUUCUUCUGGAAUUCCUCUGCAAUUUCUUUUCUACUCUAUUAAUAGUUCCGGACCAUCCUGAACACGGGGUCCUGUUUCUUGUUCGAGAGCUUCUCAACGUGAUCCAGGACUAUACCUGGGAAGAUAGUAGUGAUGAUAAAAUCCGCAUCUACACCUGCGUCUUGCAUCUCCUCUCUGCCAUGAGCCAGGAGACCUAUCUCUACCACAUAGACAAAGUGGACUCCAACGACAGCCUCUACGGGGGAGACUCCAAGUUCCUGGCUGAAAACAACAAGCUGUGCGAGACAGUGAUGGCACAGAUCCUGGAGCACCUGAAAGCCCUGGCCAAGGAGGAGGCCCUGAAGCGCCAGAGCUCGCUUGGCCUUUCCUUCUUUAACAGCAUCCUGGCCCAUGGGGACCUGCGCAACAACAAGCUGAACCAGCUCUCUGUCAGCCUGUGGCACCUGGUGCAGAGGCAUGGCUGUGCGGACACCAGGACCAUGGUGAGAACUCUGGAAUACAUCAAGAAGCAAAGCAAACAACCAGACAUGAGUCAUUUGAUGGAGCUGGCCCUGAGACUCCCUCUGCAGACACGGGCCUGA